CAGUCACAGAGCGGUGCGAGUGCGGAGCUCUGUGUGAUAAGGAUCAAUUCAUAUGAAAGUUCCAUCGUCAUCUAAUAUGUUUCAAAUUUCACAAUAUGGCUAUGGCGUUUUUGUGUUGGUGGUUUAUUUUUUUGUGUUGGUGGUUUAUAAAGCAUCCUCUUCCCAACCUGAUUGUAUGGGUGUUUGUGAGAAGUCCCAAGGAAAGGAUGCAACAGAUAAGCCACUUUGUGUGGAUGAAAAAGGGCAUGAACGCUUCUGCACUUAUCAAAUAUCCAGUCUUACACGGAUGUGUACUUUAAUAAUGGAAAUAAGUCAUAUCCAGCAGAGCAUCGAUUUAGACUCAAGACAGGUGUCAUUUUCAUUCACAUGGAACACAACCUGCAAACUUCCUGACUUGUCGUCUGGAUUUUCAGAUUGCGCCAUCAACAUCAAGCUGCCAUAUGUUGACAACUGCAAAGACAGACCUCUAAUACAAUGUGUGGAUCAAUGGACCUUUAUUAAAAUGACAAAUCAGUCCACUACUAGUCAGGCAACUACUAUUAGAAUUGAAAAUAAAGUCACAAUCAAAACCUCACACAUUGCGAGAGAAUGUGAUUCUGAAAACAUUGGACUGACUCAUGGAAAUAAAAACCUGACCUCUGUUGAUGCAUUUGUCAGAAAAGGUCAAAAAAAGGCAAAAACAAUAAAGCGGUUGCGUUCCAUAAAAAACAAAUUUCACAACAUUACCAAGCAGGGACCUCAGAAAGUGUUCCUAGACGGCAUCAAAGGCUCAGUGACAUCACAUCAGAAGAACAAUUUGCUAAAGUUUAGAAUGGCUCUACCCUCCACCAAUAAUGCAACGUUGGAGAAGAUGGAUGAUAUUUGGUUGGAGAUUCCUACUGAGGCUUUGAAUGCUAUUCUGGGAGACAUGAAACAGGAAGUUAACCUGGGAGUAUUUUGGUUUGAGAAUGACUGCCUGUUCCCGGUAAAACAACAGUAACAACCACAACAUCUCAGAGAUUACUAAUGAAACAGUCCUGCACUCAUAACAUACAUUUACAUAUUUCAGGACAUCCUCAUUUCAAGCAAAGCACAGAAAAACAUCUGUGGUACAUCCUCAUUUUAACUCCAGUAUGUGUAUCAUGUAGUGACAACACAGUUUUAUUUAUUUAUUUCACCUUUAUUUAACCAGGUAGGCUAGUUUAGAACAAGUUCUCAUUUGUAACUGCGACCUGGCCAAGAUAAAGCGUAGCAAUUCGACACAUACAACAACACAGAGUUACACAUGGAAUAAACAAAACAUAGUCAAUAAUACAGUAGAACAAAAGAAAACAAAAAGUCUACAUACAGUGGUACCAACAUUAUCUGAUGGAGUGCACAUUUCAAUGAAGCCCUUAAUCAAACUGCAUCGUGACAGCCUGCUACGGAAAGUAGUUCUAUGAGCACGUUUACAAUUUCUCGGAAAGACCCAGCAACCACUUGUAAUCGCUGUCAUCUGUGUAAAGUUACAAUGCAAACUGACUGCCUGAUCUCCUACUUCAUUCAUUCAUUGUCAUGCUAUGAGGCUAGCUACCAGUAACACUAUGCUCAAAAUACACUACAACACAACUUGUGGACACAACAUCAGAUAAAAGAGAACAAGUUCACUGAGAAAUACGUUGUUGCGUGUUGUUGUGACUCAAACAUCAUACCCAGUGCCUAUAGAAAAAGAUAUCCUUGAAAGUAUUUGGUUCUGAGGAGAAUUGUUGUCCUCUUUGACAUUUCUUAUUAACUUGUAUCUUUAGAGAGAAUGUAUAUCCUCUCUUCUGAUCCCUACUAGGUGGAGGAGAACAACACUGAGCUCCUAAACAGUCGAGUGGUAUCCGUCGAUGUGGGAGAGGACAUCUCAGGAGAACAAAUCACAAGUAUGUGUGUUCUGGGAUCUUGAAAAUGAUACUGUUGCACAUUGGAAUUCCUCUGGAUGUGUCACUGAGACAAAGGAAAAUGAAACAGUGUGCUCUUGUACCCACCUUUCAUUCUUCGCUGUACUUAUGUCUCCGGUCAGUGGCUCCAGUGCCAGUCUGAGCUCCUCCUCUGUGUGGUUGCUGACGUUGUUGUCCAGGGUGGGCUGUGGAAUAUCCCUCUGUUUCCUGUGUCUGGCUCUCCUCAUCCACCUCAGAAGGGGAAAAUCUGAUGAUUCCCUGUGCAUCCACAUCCACCUGUGUGUGGCGCUGCUGUGCCUCAACCUAACCUUCCUCAUCAACGACAGCCUAGCCUCUCUUGGUGUCCAUGGCCUGUGUGUUGCUACGGCAGCAGCCACCCACUACUCUCUGCUGUGCACCCUCACCUGGUUCUCCCUGGAAGGCUUCCACCUCUAUCUGCUCAUCAUCCGGGUCUUCAACAUCCACGUCAACAGAUACCUCCUCAAACUGGGCCUGGUAGGAUGGGGAAUACCUGGCAUAGUAGUUACCAUAAUUGUUGCUUGUGGCAAAUAUGGAGAAUACAGAAUAUACCAGCAAGACGGUGGUGCUAUUCAAAUGUGCUGGCUGACUGACUCUGCUCUGACCACGGUGUCCUUCUCGUACUUCGUGCUGACAUUCGCGGUGAACAUGCUGUGCUUUGGGUCUGUGACAGUGAAGGUGGUGAGGGCCCACCGUCAGAGUCCUGUCCUGAGGGAGAGGGGUAUGAACAGGGGGACAGUACUCAGUCUGCUGGGUCUGGCCUGGCUCCUGGGGGUCUCCUGGGGGGUCCUGCUCUUCCAGUUUGGCCCCCUGAGGGAGACAGCCUUCUACAUCUUCUGCACCAUCAACUCUCUCCAUGGCCUCUUCCUCUUUCUACGCUAUUGGGCUUUAACUCGGCCAGAGAAGGCAUCUAUCUCCAAGGCAACCACUGUAUCUUCUUGAACUGAGAUGCAACCAGCCUUAUAGGCCAGUCCCUGACUAACACGGUUAAACCUUUUACUACUAAUACCACUGCUUCCAUUGUAUUACCACAGAAGCACAAUAUUUAGUAUGUUGGUUUAUAACUUUCACUAUAGGCAAACCUAGGUUUCCAGGGUUGCUCGUAAGCUUACUGUGCUCAUAAUACUUUUUUUCAAAGUUGUCCUGUUUAUUGCACUUUGUGUGCAUAUUGUUGUAUUUUGUGACAUAUCUUCCAUGCAUAUUCAGUUUUGAUGUGUAUAGUCCUAGGCAAACAGGGAACACAUCUAUUAGGUUCAAAUGAUUUCAAUCUCUGAAAAUAAUCAAAUACGUUUGGAUACCCAAUCACUCACCGUUGUACACGAGGGUAAGAUGAUGUGGUCGACUGUAAAUUGGUGCCUUUCUGUGUCUUUGACUGUUAUCAAAAACCCUCUGAAAGAUAUGCCCUUUUUUAGUCCAUCUAACAUUUUGGAGAAUUUUAAUUCCCUUUUGGUUUUUGCAGAAAAGGCGUACAGUAUAUAACCUCCUAGCCUAUGAGCUACCUGAGAGAACAUUAGACCUACAAGUAGAUUGUACCUUAGCAUAACACCAUAUUUUCAGGGAUGGGAAAACAUUGUUUAGAAAUGAACACUUUUAGAUUGUGUAAACUUUAUUCUUUGUGUAAAUAAUUUGUGUAAAUAAUUCCAUAAGAAUUUGAAAGGGGGAUAUGCCUCACAAGCCUCUGGGGUUUUCUACCUCUUCUGCACAUGCUCUUUUUGUUUUCCUUUUACUUUGUGAUCAUUUUGUUUUGGAUUUUCUUGUGUGCCAUUUAAAAAAGAAAUAGAUAUCCUAGAGGCCUACUGUGUCAUUGAUAUUGAGGGGGUUCAAUUGAAACCUACUUUCUCCCCUCCCAAACAUCGAAAUCAUUAUGUGGAAAUAUACUGCUGCCUUUUGGAAGACGAGGUAAAGGUUCAGUGUGAACAUUAUAAAAUAAUGAAGAAACCCAACCUGAGCAAAGAGGAGCUACAAUCUCUGAAAAAGCUACAGACAGAACCAACCAUUGCAAUUCGACAGGCGAAUCUCAUACACAAUUGAUUGUGAUGAACUGUCUUUUGCUGGUCAUCAUUCUCCCGUCGACAUUCAGAAAGUAUUUAUACCUUUUGACUUAUUUUACAUUUUGUUGUGUUACAUCCUGAAUUCAAAAUGUAUUAAAUGUGGGGGAAAAAUUCACCCAUCUACCAAAUAA